AUAUUUCAUUUUGUUGAACACGAGGACGCAGCAUUCAGGCAAUUAUAGCAAUCCAACCCAAGGGAGAAAUGCAGAGAGAUAGAGAGAGAGAGAGAGAGAGAGAGAGAGAGAGGGCGAGGACAGCAGUAGAUAUCAGAAAUGAUGAAUCUGAUGUGCAUGGGUGUCUUUAAGUGACUUCACAUGCGAGUUAAAAACCAAUAACACAAUCAUGAAUUCAUGCAUUGUGUUGUGCGGUUGUAUAUAAAAGGACUGUGUAUAAUAAACUCUCUCUGCAUGCCUCCUCUUAUUGCUGGCAUAAGCUUUUUUUCCCAGAUAAUUGUGUAGAGACCACAGAGUGUUGUAAAAAUGCAACUGGCAACUGUUUACAAGAAAAUCAAGUCUAAUGAGGAUGUUCCUGAUUAUUGUGUCCAGACAUAUAAACGAGUAAAAACCACAUCUGGAAACGUUUGGAGUACAACCUAAAGGAUGAUAAAUGUCCUGAGCAGCCCUCGUUUUUCACGUUGCCCAAUAAUCAGCACCAAUAGAAACGCACUCGGCCCGCCCCUGCCGGUCUAUUGUGAAUCUGCGUUCAACUGGAAACCACUCUUCCAGCCUUGGCACCAAAGUGGCGCACCACGACAUGCACAGCUGAACGAGGAGUGCGCCUUUGAAGAUGCUUGAUCGUCAAACCACAAUUUCUGGUAAGAGGCUCGCUGUUUUUAUGAUUUUAUUUCUCAUUUCUAUCAGCGUUUUUCCCUCCUGCGUCUUUGCCUCCAGCGGAAUAUCCGAGCGUCUUUUGUGUUUGGCAGUUGCAUCCGAUUCCAUAUUGACUCCUCCAAGGCUGUAUCGAGGUAAAGCGGGGUUUGGGAAGUAUUUUUAUUGUGUGACUGAUGGGUUUAGUUGCGGGGAAGCUAUUUCUGAUCCGGAAUAAAUCGACGGACAAGAGUUUUGAUGCCAGGAAGGCGGUGUACUUGGAGCAAUGCGCACUCCAGUCCGCUUACUUUUAUCCGUGAGAUUGGAAGAUUUAUUGUAAUGCAACCCAAAAAGAUAUUUCGGUUUAAACGGAUUUUAGACGCGGUUUUUGGUUAAAUAAGCACGAUUGAUUCAGUAGAAACGGCUGUGAAAUGAGAAAAUCGCAGAAUCUAUGUUAAAGUUUGUGAUGUUGCCAUAAAUCGCCGGUUUUACUGCGAAUAAAAAAGCAGAAACUGCUCGGUCACAUGCGUAAAAAGAAAUCUACAGUGAUCUCCACACUGCGUGGAGUUGUAGUGUUAGUCAUGAAAGCAUGGGCUUCGUCAGGCCGUGGUAGAGGUGUGCAUGUUUGUCAUCUGCUGCACCUUUAAGCCCAAAAAAUUCACUGUGUUCUCUUUGUGUUGGAGCGAGAUGCGUCGCCGUGGCUCUGGACAUUUUCAGGGCACCUCCAAACUCCACAACGGCUCAUAUUUGCUUCACGGGCUUUUCCAACAGAAGGGAAACAGAUGCGCCGUAAUGUCAACAGUCGAUUACUCAUGCAACAUUGCGCGAAAAUCUGCGCCCCCGCAGGUCGGUCGGUUGGAAGUGAGCGUAAAAAAGCCGGCCUCGAUCCUCUCCAUCUCAAUCCUGCCAGAGCAGCAGACACAACCCGAGCAGUUGGCAGCUUCCUGUUCAGCACCGCAGACAGAGAACCAACCCCGACCUGUCCGCACCCACUCCUGAUCCACGUCCACGCUGCCCUUCUCUCUCCAAACACACAGAAGAGGUCCGCCCACGCUUUAUCAGCUCUAGUGCAGGUUGACUCGCGCUUCACCCGGGAGGCAUUUGAGUGCUUAUUGGACGUGAUAAACAGACAAAGUCGUUACCAACAGCAGCGUGGUGUUUGCUGAGGCUCAGGUGCAGAGCUCCGUGUUCCACUUUCCGUGGGAACUGCUUAUAAUAACUUGGAUCAUAGACGGAUCUUUUUUUUUUUCAAAGGGCCUACAUCAUCAUUAUUUUGACUGUGAGAGCAAAACCCAGAGCAACCAUUGAAAGCCUCCCAUUAACUGCAGCUCUGGAAGGAAUUUAUGUAAUAAGUUAUUCAUGAACCUAAGCCCUAAGUCAAACACAAUUAGACGUGAUUAGUCAAAUUAAAUACCUGGCUGGCAGCACAAUCACAGAGGGAAUGCUAGAGUUUAAGUAAUCAGCCUCUUUCUGCACUUAUUCUCCCCCACAUGUAACUGAAACACAUCAGCGGAUGUCUGUAAUCAUCCUAAGUGUUGCUGGUUUCACAACCUUUUAGACAACCCCUUCCGCUAUAGUGUGCCGCACAAAUCAGAAAGGUGAUUCAACAGUUCAUGUGGCUGCACAAUUAAUCAUAUUUUCAUUGUAAUUAAGAUUGUAGUCUUUGCACAUUCAAGGAAACUUGACGGUAGUGAUGGGCGCAGCAGUUCUUUUAGAUGUACUGAAUCACUAGAAUCAGUUCACUAAAAAGAUUUGUUCAAAAGAUUCGUUCACCAAAUCACCGAAUCAUGUAGCGCCUGGCAGGAGAACCCUGGGUCUCCGACGUCCUGAACCGAUACUCAGCUAAACGGUUCAGGAUUCAGUUCAGAUCAUAGCUUCUAGGACCGGGAGACGAGAGUGUUUGGAUGUGUUGCUUUGGCAGACAGGUUUGUAAAAAUGAACUUGUUAAUAAGUCAUGAUGUUUUAAGUGUACCGUCCUAUGGUAUGCUAUUUAUCAGGUCUGCUCAGUAAAUUAGCCUCAGUGAGUGAUUUGUUCAUUGAAUGUUUUGAGGAACUCAAACCAAACAUACACCGUUCCAUCGCAAACCGCUGCAAUGACAGGAUGCUGCAGGCUUAAUGCACUACUUGUUACAUGCUGUGUCCUAUUGUAUGCAAGUUGUUGUGGAGGCAAUUUAGCAGUAAAAAAUAAAAAAAAAACAGGUAGUUUUGUCCAACAAAAAUGAUUCCAGAGAGUGCAGUUCAAUGCGUGAUUCGUUCACCAAGUGAUUCAGGUGUCGGUGCAUACAGUCCCUUACUCGCCGGCUGCUCAAAUGGCAAUGCUGUUUCUCACUUCAGCUCAACUGAAUCACUCGAGGAAGUUAUUCGGUUCAGUACGUUUACUUAAAAGAUUCGGUUCUUUUGAACGAAUCAUUCGCGAACGACACAGCACUACUUGACGGACGUAGGAUAUCAUAGCGAAGGUGGUGUGUGUGUUAGUAAAGCAGAGGGGCAGAGUGAGCAGAGAGGGUGAAGCUGCAGUAUUGACAAGAAGCUUUAAGAAGCUAUUGAUUACCAGGCGAAACAGUCAGUAUAUUUACAUGUUGUUAAAAUAAAUCAAUAUGUUGUCUUAGUCUGACUGAAAAAGCACUAAAUCAAACAUAUCAUAGUUUCUCUGUCAUGUAUACGGCUCAAUCGGACUGAAACUGGCCCAAGUCUUAUGUGCAUGCAAUAACACAAAUGUAAAACCAGGUAGUAAAACUAAAACCUUGGCGGAUGAAGAAAAAAAGAUCAAAUAUAUGUUGUAUGUUAACUGUGAGGUGACCUGACAAAAGGGGGCAUGUCACCACCUAUCGAAGCAGGGUCAGACAUAUUUCAGUCAAUAAUCAGAUUUCUGCCAAGUGCAUGUGAACCAGCUCAAGAACAGCAAUCCAGUUAAAUCCCCUCACUGAGCUGUGAUUAUACCUCAACUUGACCGUGCAUGUAAAUGUACUCUAUGAGCUACCUAUAAGUCCAUAUCAUUUUAAAGUAAAGCUAAAAUUUUCCCAUUUAAAGGAGGAAAGCCAAGAAAUUGUAUUUUAGUUCACAUCUGUACCUGUGCCGUACUGAAAUCUAUGCAAGUUCAUGAAGCACUCAACUAUAUAAGUCAACUGCAUUAUCAUCAAAAUCAAGUCAAAGCUCUUUUUAAAGGAGAGAUUUGAUGAUAUUUAUGUGUUCUCAAAAUGAAAAUUAUACACCAAGAAAACCAUGAUCAGUAAAUUUGAUCUCCAGUCGGGAUGAUCACACGGUCGUAAUCAUGCGGCCAUAAUCAUGCGGUCCUAUGGUGACUAUUAGCUCAUAUUUGCCUUCUGUGGCGUGUUGGAGACGCUGUCGUUUUGAAGCACCGCUGCACUGCUUGGUGGUAAAACAAAUUUAGUUGGAAAGCAGGAGCAGAAGGAGAGUUGUUGAAGGAGAAAGAGAGUAAAGACACGAGAGCGAGGUGGGGAGAACAUGCCUGCUGGCCUGCUGUCUGGACACAUUACGUUUUCAUGCUGGUAUCACACCGGCACAGCUGAGUGUAGAUAAAUAUCACUCCUCCCUGUUCCCCGCUGUCAGCUUGGCUAUCUGUCUCUGUUUCGCUUACAUCAUUGUAUUUAUAGAUCCAACAGCAGCAGAAAGAUGUUAUCUGUUGGUUUGCUGACUAUCUGAUGACUAAUACUGAAUCUACCUUUUGCGUUAAAGCAGCAGCCAAUACUCUACCUGUAGGAUGAUCUCAGAUACAAAGCCAGAUUAACCUGCGAUUUGUCAUAAAAGACGUAUGUCGAUACAGAAACCUGCAGGUUGAAAUCCUCAGUAUUAAAUAUUGACCACUAAUGAAUAAAUAAGAAAACCUCUCGGUAUUAAAACUUAGUCACCAGGACUGUGUGGGCGUCAAAUCUGAUUGGCACUUACCCACCCACCGUCAUCAGAUUUUGGUUCAAAUGUUGCUAAUCCUGAUUAAUGCUCAUAAAUUUAUGACAUGAUGUUUUUCCAAGUGAGUCCCACCCACUCCAGCGAGAAGAGCCCAGAGAUUAAAGCGGUAGUUUUAUGCCGUUUGUCAUAUUUUAAGAACAAAUGUUUGGGAAGUCAAUACUAAACAUCGACAGAGUUUCAAACUGUGAUGUAAAUGUGUGUUGGAGUAAUCCCAGGAUGAUUCUGCAGGCUGCUCUGAACAGCUUGCUCGGAAAUGCACAUGAGAAUUGAGCAGGAUCCGGACUAGAUAGGACUAAAGGCAGAACAUUACAAACUGGUGAUUCUUUCCAAAAUGUUAAUUAAUCAAUUUUACGUAAUGUAUUGCUGGGAAAUUAUUUGAAGAUUUGAAGUCAAAAACAUCUGGACUUAAAAAAAAAUGCUCUUUCAGCUCAGAGACACCAAUUUUAAAGGAAGGCAACAGUGGAGGAGGGUUCAAGAGUGCUUCAAAGCUUCUACAAAUAAGCUAAAAUGCUGUUUUUUUAAAGACAUCAUUCUGUGAUAUUGGGAAUUUUUGAGCUCUGAAUUCGGAUGAUAAACCGAAAAUCUACCGAUACCAAAAUUUACGACAAUAACCAACAUCAUCUUGCCCAUGUCAAUAUAUUCGGUGUCAAAUAAAUGAAUAAAUAAAAGUUGGUUUUGGAUGUGUGUAGGUAGGCUAUGGUCUCAUGUCCCUUUAAGACGCUGUCUUAUGUCAGAGACGUGACUCCACCCCAUCCAGUCUGUAACAAAGAGGGAAAGACAGGUGAGGAGAUGGAGGACGGUUCAAAAGUUGUAGUGGCGGCUGAAGUAGAUGACUUUAAUCCGGAAGGGGGUGAGCCCCUUGUGGAGUAGUUAUCGUCCAUUUAUCAUUACUGAGGUGAACUGCUCAACAAAUUGUGAUAUUGAUUCGAGGCCAUAUCACCCAGCCCUACGCUGAGUCAUAUUAAGCUUCUAUCAAAGCUAUCAGGAAGAAAGCUUGAGAGAGGCUCAAUAACACCGACUUUAAAGAAUCAAAUCUCCCAAGUCGUCUGACGCGUUCCCACCUCUGAACUUUCGCUGAACUACACCCAGGCAAGGAUAGCUGAAGGCUUGUCUUGAUCUUUCCUUGCAAGUGGGAUGCUUACUCACAGCUCCUGGCCCACCACCACUGGACUUGGUUUCCAUAGCGAGUAAAGGGAGGGGCGGUGAGAGGUUCAGGCACCCUUUGUUAAACCAGUAGGCUUCAAAGCUGACAGACUAAAAAGGAAUAAGAAAAUCUUGGUGCUUUUCCAAAUGAGUCCCACCCACUUCAAACCAAUGUGCUGCGAAGAUUAACAAGGGAAAUGGUCCAGUUUUAUAACCAAAACGGUGCGUGCUGCAUAUGAACGCUUACAGUGAGUACAUGACCGUCCCUGAGCGUGUUUACAUGGACUUGAGUAUCCCAGUUCUGAGCUGUUCCUCGGUUUGGAUCAUAGUCAGUAUGAGGUGUUUACAUGCAUACAAGGAAAUCUGGAUAUUCAUAUCCCUGUGUACAUAAAUACUUGUGUUCUGCUUAUUUGCUCAGGUGUCUGUGAUGUUUAUUUUAUGCAACACAAACCAUAGCAAUUUGAUAUCCGAUUAAAACGAGACCACUGCAGGCUAACCACGUUAUGCGGCAAAUAUGGCGCAUCCACCUCAUUUCUAGUAACACGAGAAGAGAACAACAGCAAACAUUAAACAUUUUUUAGAUUGUCACUGCAGAGGUACACAGGUUCUGCAGCCUGUUCAUGAUCAGACUCGAACAUUUGGACCCUUUCUCCUAUCUUCACAUCCAAUAAUAUUAGAGUCUUUCUUUGCCGCUCCUGAAAUAUGGCUCUCUUGUUGCUCGACCAUGUUUGUCCUGCUGAUGCGUAGCUUAGUUGUUAGCCGUCAGAAACAAGGCCAAGGCACAAACGCAACUGUAUCCUGUUUUCUGUGGGUUCUCCUGAAUGAGAUACUGAGUUUUUUUCAAUCUUAUAAUUAAAUCAAAACUUCUCUGAGUAUUUUUUAACUUGCAGGCUCCUGCUCUGACAGUUUAUAUUACAUCAUAGUGGUGCAACCUGACAAACGGGUGCAAGAUCAUCCAUAAUACAACAAAGUAAGUGUCAAAGAGAGAGCUAAAGGCCUUUGUGGGGUUAGCUGCCGGCAGAUUUGCAGAUAAUCUUGCCUUGUUUGUUUUACAAAUCUGGAUUACUUGUGUAAUCUUUUUGUGUAAUGAACUUUGAGGCUGUCUGAAAGUGUGAACCAACAAGAAAUGAAACCGUAAAUUGGAGGUGUUUUGCUCACCAUUUAUUGUAUUCAUCAUAAAGUUUUUAAUACUUUAAUUCUUAACUUUCGGAAAGUAUAAAAGCUUGUGAAAAAGACAGGUCUAUGAUGGCUUUGAUAAGGUACGAGUGAGCGCUUAUGAUGAAAACAAAGCUGUGAAACAAAUAAGACGUUAUCAGUGUGCCAAAUGUUCGUCUCUGUCCGUCUCUGGUUUUCUGAACCAUACUGACCAUACUCUGAAUCCCCAAAAAGAGGACAUGUCUAUGCAGGGGAGGAGUCACAGAGUCGCGUAAAGUAGUAAAUUUUGAGAGUUUUUCGGGUCGGGUUGAGUGUUUUUAUGCGCUUCUAACUCAGUAAGUUCACACAACACAAACUCAAACCCUUCCAUACAAAACCCCGGACAUUUGAAGGAUUUUAUAAACUCCCCUAGACAAGGCCGGACAGCCCCCCCAAAAAAGGACAUGUCCGGGUAAAAGAGGACGUAUGGUGACCCUAACAAAAUACCCAACUAUUGUCAUAUCACAUUGUAACAUUCCUUUAUUUUGAUGGUCCUGAUUCAUUCAGUAAUCUUUACUGUCUGUUUUCUGUCCUGCCAGGUUGAGUAACAGGCCUGCCGUCCCAUCGCCACCAUGAUAGCCACAGGUGGUCUGCUGCGCAUGAACAGGCGCCAGGACUCCCUCCGCUCAAAGAACCGGGCGGAAAACAAAAGGAAACGGAAAUCCAAGAAAAAGAAGAAGAACGACGUGGUGGUGGUGAAGGGGAAGCUCAAUCUGUGCUCCCCGGCUGGUGUGGUGGCUGCAGUUGGGGUUGUGGUUCUCAUGGUGGGGAUUUCCAUGGCUGUGCUUGGUUACUGGCCCAGCCAGAGCCAGCAGCAGUAUCAGGAGCGUCGCAGGACCGGAGCGUACCACGUCAACAAGAUGAGCUUCUCCAGGAGUCAACCGGUUUCCUCCAACUCAACCACUACUAAGUCUCCUUCCCUCAGCCAAGCAGAUGUUUUCAACCAGAGCCGUUCCAACAGCAGCGCCCCCUCCCGCAACUGUGGCUUCCUGUGUGAUUUCCUGGAUAACUACCUGUACUCGGACAAUCUGAAAGUCUUUGGUCCGCUGGUGAUGGGAAUCGGUAUUUUUCUUUUUAUCUGUGCCAAUGCAGUCCUCCAUGAGAACCGAGACAAGAAAACCAAAAUCAUCAACCUGAGGGAUAUCUACUCCACAGUUAUAGAUCUGCACAACAUACGGUCCAAGGAGUACUCGCCUCUAAACGGAUUGGUGAACUACACCCAGGCGAGGAACGCUGAGGGUCCGUCUGGGUCUUUCCCUGCAAGUGGGAUGCUUACUCGUAGUUCCUGGCCCUCUACUGGACUUGGUUUCCAUGGUGAGAUAGGAGGCGAAGAGGUGUUCAGGCGCCCUUCGCUGGCCAGCAGGCCUAGAAGCUGGUCCAGGGACGUCCAGACCUUCACUGACACUGUCUACAGCAUCUACAAAGACUACAGCAAUAGCAGCGAGCAGGCCCCUCGGCCCCGACAGUGGGAGACCACCUCCAUCGUCACCUCCUCUGUGAAUGCUUUUACCCUCCCUGUGAUCAAACUGAACAACUGUGAGGUGGGGGAGCCUGAGAGAGCCGAGGCAGAGGGACACUCUGAGGAAGAGGUCGUUAUUGAGACUGCUGCUGCCGCCGCCGCUGCUGAAACAAUUACUGAUGAAGGGCACGCCAGCAGCAGCCAGAAAGACGAGACGGAUGCAAAAGAGAAAGACGCCUCGAUGGCUGAUUCCUCCCCACCUCAUCAGAGCCAUGAGGAAAAAACCACAGACACAGCUGACCAGCAGGGGGAGCCGCUGGCUCAGCCUCAACCACAGUGGACCCAGCUGUUUCCUCCAUCACCUGUUGCCAGGGCGAUGGGGUCACGGCUGUCGCUCAACUCCCUCACGGAUCAGCCCAGGUCUGCACGGCGCUGCAGCCUGUCUGUGACUGUGUGUCGUCAAGGCGACAAAGGCAGGCGCUUCAGCUGUCCUCGUCUGGAGCGCUCCAACAGUAAGGGCUACAUCAAACUGGCUGACCUUGGGGGCGAGUCCUUCGAAGCCCCGGACACGGACACUUCUUUAGUCGCCACAGAACAGGAAGUAGCAGCAGAUGCAGCAGUCGCAGCUGGAGGAGAGGAAGUAGCUCAGGGAGAGGGCGAUGUGGUGACACCGAGCACCUCUGCAGAAUCUUAGACUCGGGUUUUUGCUGACUAAAAACUCUUCAUGUCUUAUUCUUCUGUUCCUACCUUCUCCUCUGACUGCUGAUGGGAAACCGGCCAUUUCAGAGGAGAGGAACCAGAGAGUAAGCAGCUAAGGACUAUUGAAACAUAGCCAUGAACACUGGAGAGCCAAGCUCUUUAUAAAUACCACAACCACAGCUCAAUCUUCAGAUGUAAUUUUUCUAUUUUUUCAAUGUAGCAAGAGCAAUAUUAAAGACUUGUACGAAGACUUAGAAGAGAUUUGUAUAAAAAAAAAAAAAGAAAACCUGGACAGAUGAGACUUUACUUUUUUGUAUGAGAGUAAGGCAAACAUUGUAGCUUGUAGAAUUGCCAAAACUGUCACAGAGACCUGCUGUCUGACUUGUUGUACUGUAGCAUCGACACAUGCCACAGAAAAAUUUAAAUAGUCUAGUUUUGUUUCUCUUCAUUGUUAUGUGAAUACCACGUUAAAAAAAAAAAAAAAAAAAAAAAGGUGAACUGAAUCGAAUCUCAGGUAGACGUUUGGUUUUAGGAACGGGACCUUGAGGACAAGGUCUUCCCUCUGUGCACACUUGUUUAUAUGAAGCAUUUAUGGUUGAAUAAACUUGCCUGUAACACCUUCUGCUGGGU